CAUUUUGGAAUUGAUUAAUAAAUUCCCAUUCAUCAACAGUCAUUAAUAAUAAUACUGUUUUAGCAAAAUUAUAUAUCCAUUAAGUGCAAUAAGUGUAAAAAGUGUAAGUAAAUGAACACACGUGUAGAAAACAUAACCUCGCACAAAUGUAAAUAACAUUUCAGAAAAUAAAAUAAAUUACAAAUGACAAUUGUCUUAAGCUUGAUUGUUUAUAUCGUGUGUAAUUGUUAAGUACUUUUGUAUAGAUGAUAAAAGUCACGUGAAAAAGUAACAGCAUAGUCUUCAAACAUACACGUAAGAAAGAGAGAGAGGUUAAAUUCUUUUAAGAUACAAAAUUAAAUUUGCGACAUUGUACAGAAUUCUUAAAAUCCUUUGUAUUUAUUAAUUGUUGAACAUAUGUUAUUACAUGAUUUUUUUUAAAAGAUGCAAUAUGUGCGUAAAAUUCUGAACAUCGCGCAGCAAAACUUGCGUGUGUGCAACACAACUGACACAACCUGUAAAAGAUCUGGAUUAUUGUUGCAAAAUUUUGUUUGUCGUUUUACUCAUGAUUCUGAGAGAAGUGCAUCUCCAGACACUAAUAUAGAAGAUGAGACGGAUAACCAAUACACACAGAUAUCCAAUCAGUGCUUAGGCACUGCAGAUGGAGGACACAGAGUCUUCAUACUGCAACCGUUUAUAAAAUGGGGUAGAGACAAGAAGAGGAACACCUCGCCAGAAUUGCAAAUGGCAGAAUCAAUAGCACUCAUAAACACACUACAUAAUUGGUAUGUAGUUGGGAAAAAAUUUGCUCCGUUACUUACAUUGCAGAAAAAAACUUUACUGGGCACUGGUGCGAUGGAAGACUUGAAGGAGCAAUUAAGCAAAUGCAAUCCCACUGCUAUAUUUGUCAGUACAAAUCACCUGACCUUUGCCCAGAUUACUAAGUUGGAAAACAUCCUAGGUUUGCCAACAUUCGAUCGUUACUCCAUAGUUAUCCAUAUAUUCCGUAAACAUGCAGUGACCGCAGAAGCCAAGUUACAAGUCUCUUUGGCGGAAAUACCAUACGUCCGAAAAAAACUGUUUCAAUCGUUUGUUACCAAGUGUGGUGUUAUAAAUAUAACAGAGAAGACAAAACUGAUGCUUGACAGGAGAGAGAAAAAAUUGAAAGACUCGCUGACGAAGUUGCAUCGACAUCGAGAACUCAUCAGAAAUCAGCGUAAGAAUCGCGGUUUUCCUACAGUCGCCGUAGUUGGUUACACAAACGCGGGAAAAACAUCCUUGAUAAAGGCACUCACUAACGAUAAUGCUCUACAACCUAGAAACGAAUUAUUCGCGACUCUUGACACGACUGCGCACGAAGGAAUCUUACCCUGUAGAUUAAAAGUAUUGUACAUGGAUACUAUUGGAUUUAUUCAAGACGUGCCGGAAACACUGAUUGAACCAUUUGUUGUGACUCUGGAAGAUGCCAUAAUUGCUGAUGUGAUAGUUCAUAUAUACGACGUUAGUCAUCCUGAUAUGAAAGCGCAGUAUCAACACGUUCAGGAAACAAUAAAACCUAUGAUAAGCGAGAAUCGUCCGAUCAUAGAUGUAGCGAAUAAAUGCGAUCUCAUUCAAAGCGAUCUCAUACCUAAGGACGCGAUUGCCGUUUCUUCUACAAAGUUAAUAGGAAUCGAUUUAUUGCGUCUGGAAAUAGAAAAACUUCUUCUGGCCGUUACCGGAUUGUUGCGCACACGUGUAAGAGUGGAGUCGGGCAGCACCGCAGCUAGUUGGUUGUACAAAAUGACAACGGUGACAAAUGCGCAACCAGAUCCGAACGAUGCUCAGUAUUUAAUUCUGGACGUGCUCGCCACUUCGCUCGAUAUAAAAAGAUUUAAACAAUUUUUACGACAAUAAACUAAUUUCACAAGUU